ACACCACGGAGAAAGUGGUGGUGGUGUCAGUAUACGGCGAUAUCUCUAUGUGUAAUUAUGAUUAUGAUAUAUUUAUUGCGCGCGCGUCAUCGGGCGUGGUUGGCUGCCAGCGGCGGUAGUCUGGAGGCAGGAUCUGAUGGAUGCGGAGUGACAGAUCAGGGUUAGCCGCCAGGGGAGUCCAUUUUCCUCCACAGUCCUCCCGGAGACGCCCAGCUCACCUCGGUGCUCCACGGAGCGGACAGAGAGAGCCAGCCAGAGCUGCGCCUCUCUUCUUUAUCUUCUCUCAGCUUGCAGCUGUGUCACAAACACACAGCAGCACACAGCAGCAGCACCGCACAGCCUGUGAGACUCAGCCCGACCCAACCACAGCCAGUGCAGCCUGCUCGGCUCACAAGGGAAAGUCCGGUGAUCUGCUGUUUAUGGAGAUGAGAUGCAUGUGACCAUGUUGUCGCUGUAAAAUGAGUUUGCUAGCGGCAUGUGGUUCCAUGGGGACCUUGCAGGGAUAUAUCGUUCGGUAAGGCAUGACACUUUCUACUUGACAAAAUACAUCUCACAGGAGGAGGUGGCGGCUGGCUUGCACAGAACAAGAGCGCUGAAUUUGGAAAUGAGCUAAAAGUUUGCAAACCUUAAAAGAUGUUUGGGAUCUACGUUGAGUGUUUAAGUUUAGUGUGAUUUUUGUCAUUAUGGGUGUUGACUGAACGGGAGCUUAUUCUCUUCACCGAGGAUAUCUCUCAGUCUGUGCUAUGAUCUGGACCAUGCGGACUCUGAUGCUGAGGACGCUGUGUGUGUUGUUGGGGAAUGCACAUGUGUUAUCUCUCAGAAAUAAUGGCGACAUAGGAACUAGAGAAACAGCGGGGGGUUAUUAUGGCCUUAACGCCACAGCAACACACAGGACCGCUCACACAGCCAUCGGAGAGGGUCCCCAUAACACAGCUUAUGACAGCACUCGCUCCGGGGGACACGCUACAGGUACGUCCUACUCCAAACAGACUCUUCAAACAUGGAUGGAACAUAUUCAUUCUACUUCUGUGAGAAGGACGCGUGUAAUUGCAGAUGAAACAAAACAUAGACAUGUAGGAUUAAAGCAACACCACUCAAACAGAACACUGACGCUGGGGUAUUCCUCCGCGACCCCGCACAGGGAUCUGACGCGCCGCCACAAGAGGAGAAAGUUGAAUAGUGAGAUUGGCCCGGCCGCUGCCAUGGGGACGGCAGGUGGAUACAAUACCACUAAGCCCACAGCAAUGGGCCAGCAGCACGGGGGACUACUGGACAGUGACAGACGCAAGAGAGGCACAAAAGACGAGCAGAAGAAGGCGUUUAAGAGGGAGAGGGGGAGAAAAGUGUUGAACAAAAGCUCAAUGGCUUUAUCUCAGGCGCAGAGCUCAGUAGACGGGCUGGGCCCCCCUCUAUCUCCAUGGGAACCAAUACCCAAGCCCCUAGCUCUCACCUCUACCGACCUCCCGCUCGACUUCUUCACCAGGAAAAACGAGAUGUUUACUUACCGGGAGGAAAACCCGUGGGAUGCCACUCCAAUGACCCCUCCCAACACAGCAGAUUUUGGAAGCGAAAUCAGAAACCCAUUUUACCCUGUGACAAGUGAAACAUUUGGAGCUUAUGCUAUUACAGGCGUUUCUGCUAUCAUUUUCCUCGUGGGGAUAGCAGGGAACAUAGCCAUACUGUGCAUCGUGUGUCAGAACUACUAUAUGAAGAGCAUCUCCAACUCUCUCAUAGCUAACCUGGCCAUCUGGGAUUUUGUAGUCGUCUUCUUUUGUCUGCCCCUCGUCAUUUUCCAUGAAUUGACUAAGUCCUGGCUACUGGGAGAAUUCACGUGUAAAAUCGUGCCAUAUCUGGAGGUGGCAUCUCUAGGUGUGACCACCUUCACCCUGUGCGCUCUGUGCAUUGACCGGUUCCGUGCGGCCACCAACGUCCAGAUGUACUAUGAGAUGAUUGAGAACUGCACCUCCACUACAGCCAAGCUCGCCGUCAUCUGGAUCGGAGCGCUCCUGUUGGCUCUCCCUGAGCUCCUGAUCCGCCAGCUGGUCACAGAGGACCCCGCCCUCCCGGAUGACCCCCCAACGGAGCGCUGCGUGGUGCGCAUCUCGACGUCGCUCCCGGAUACGCUCUACGUCCUGGGUCUAACCUACGAGGGCGCGCGGCUCUGGUGGUGCUUCGGCUGUUACUUCUGCCUCCCUACGCUCUUCACCAUCGGCUGUUCCCUCGUCACCGCCCGCAAGAUCCGCCGCGCCGAGCAGGCCUCCGUCCGCGGCAACAAGAAGCAGAUACGCCUAGAAAGCCAGAUGAACUGUACCGUUGUGGCGCUCGCCAUCGUCUACGGCGCCUGCGUGGUCCCGGAGAACAUCUGUAACAUCGUAUCGGCAUACAUGGCGGCGGGCGUGCCGGAGAGGACCAUGGCGGUCUUACACCUCCUGUCACAGCUGUUGUUGUUCUGCCGGGCGGCAGUGACGCCCGUGUUGCUCCUAUUGUUAUGUCGCCCGCUAGGCAGGGCCUUUCUGGACUGUUGUUGUUGCUGCUGCUGUAACCAUACCCACUCCUCAGGCACGGCUAGUGAUGAUAAUGAACAUGAGUGUACCACAGAGCUGGAGCUGUCGCCCUUCAGCACCAUACGCAGAGAGCUCAGCAACUACACUCCCGCAGGGUCCAACUGUUAAAACCCCACAACUACUGUUAAAGGUCCAGUGCAGUAAAAAAAUUGAUUUUUCCUGUGUUUUAUGUUCAGUGUAUAUUUCCACACUAUGAGG